UGUUUAUGAAUCAUUUCGAUCUAAGAUGUGUUAAUAGUUUCGUAGAGUAAUUUACAAAUAAUGUAUGUGCUUAUGUCAGAACAAACCCAUUUGUUUAAUUAGUAGUGACCCAUUUCCUUUGAUGAAAUAACUAAACUCAUUUAAUCACGGAAUGUACGAAUUAUGAAACUGACCCAAUUAAACAGAUUCGUUGGAUAAAAUUGUGUGAAAAUGAACGAAGAAAACGGUAGUGAGGAAAUUCCCAGACCCAGUUUAAGUUCAGAGCCCGAUUUUGAUGACCAACUUGGUUUGUCUGAUGUUAAUGAAGAUGCUCUUGAUGAUAAAACUAGUUUUACAACUGAUGGGCAGUUACAGGAAGCUACAAAUGAAGGACUCCCAUUUUCAUCAAUACACAAUAUUAAGAAAUUCAGCUCUAAGAAACGUAAUGUUUUUAUACCUGGACUGCCUGUUAGCGUAACAUUCACAGACUAUGAAAGGAAUGUAACCACUCACUUAUUAAACCCUAAUUUGUACACCAUAGCUGUAAUGCAUGGCUCUUACUCUUGGCAAAUUAAGAGACGUUACAAACAGAUCUCUGAUCUACACCAGAAAUUACUUUAUUUUAAAACCAAAACGUUAGUGCCUUUGCCUAAUAAAAAUCAUAUGGACACCAGGAAAACAUUCAGGAUUGAUGAGAAGGAUCAGAAAAAGAAGGGGAUUAUUCCCAGAUAUCCCAAGAAACCUGAGGCUUUGGUUUCUUUUGAUGGUAUUGAAGCUCGAAUGAAACAAUUGGAGAAUUAUAUUAACAAUUUAUUGUUAAUAGAUGCAUAUAAAAAUCAUCCAGCAAUGUUGGACUUUUUGGAAGUUUCGCACUUAUCUUUCAUAAAAGGGCUGGGCAUCAAGGGCAAAGAAGGUUUAAUCAAAAAGAAGACCGGAAACGCACAAAUCGGCUGUAAUUGUUUCGGAUUUCAUUGUUUCUGUUGCAUUCGUUGUCAACAUUUCUGUAACGAUUUCGUGUGUUCUCGAUGGAUUAAACGAUGGUUCUUCAUCAAAGACACAUUUUUCGGUUAUAUAAAUCCUGAAAUGGGACAAAUUAGAAGCAUAAUACUAUUCGAUCAAGGAUUCGAAGUUGCUUCCGGAUUCUAUGCAGUUUCCAUGCAAACCGGCUUUCAAAUACAGACGUUAAGCCGUCAGUUAACGUUCAAGUGUUGGACGAGAAGAAAAAGUAGGGAGUGGAUCGACACCCUUAAAGAAAUCGCAAACACCACAGCAAAGGAAUUCACGCAAGUCAAUCAACAUCACUCUUUCGCCCCAAUUAGGUGCAACAUAUCUGCCUCAUGGUUCGUGGACGGGUCCAGCUACAUGUCGGCUGUUGCGGACGCAAUUGAAGGUGCCAAAGAGGAAGUGUUCAUCACCGAUUGGUGGCUGAGUCCCGAGAUAUAUCUGAAACGACCCGCCAUUUGCGGCGAUCAAUGGCGACUCGACAAAUUACUACAAAGAAAAGCUAAUGAAGGAGUGAGAGUGUAUGUACUCUUGUAUAAGGAAGUGGAAAUGGCGUUGGGAUUGAAUAGUUAUUACAGCAAACAAACUUUGGCGAGUCUUUCAAAUAACAUUAAAGUUCUCAGGCAUCCAGAUCAUGCAAAGGCGGGCGUUUUUCUAUGGGCACAUCACGAGAAAAUGGUAGUUGUAGAUCAAACUUACGCAUUUGUGGGAGGAAUAGAUUUAUGCUAUGGAAGAUGGGAUGAUCCUGUUCACAGAUUAACUGAUUUAGGAAGUAUAACACCAGCAACGGAUAUUUCAACGUUAAAGAAGAAAUCCUCGAGUGUCCCAGGAGGAGAACCGGUUUACCCGAUCCCUAUUCCAUACUAUGCCCAAACUCCAAUCCCGGAAAUCCAAGAGCCAGAACCGCCGGGCAACGAAGAUGAACCAGACUCACUGCCUCAGUUGCAACCAGGCGACAAUCUGUUAAUACCAGUUAAUACAAGUUUGGAGCGAUUGAAAAUGAACACGCCAGACAUGGAACGCAAACAUUUAUUCGACGAUUUUAAGAACACCGUCAAAUCCGCUGGCAAGGGGAUAAUUAAUUUAGUUUACACACCCCACGAAGACAGCGUAGAUGAACCGGAUGAAGCACAAGAACCGGAGAAGGUAGAGGCACAAACGCCCGAACAGUUAAUAGAGGGCCUCGAUGGUUCGGCGAAACUGUGGAUCGGAAAGGAUUACGUGAAUUUCAUCGUGAAAGAUUUCACAAAUCUGGACUCGCCGUUUGAUGAUUUUAUUGACAGGAGCACAACACCCAGGAUGCCUUGGCACGAUAUCGGAGUUUGCGUUCAGGGAUCUGCAGCAAAGGAUGUUGCUAGGCAUUUUAUUCAAAGGUGGAAUGCUACAAAGCUGGAAAAGGCCAAGAACAACGACAGUUAUCCUUACUUAAUGCCCAAGAGUUACGAAACAAAUAUUACAAUCCCUAAGAACAACGCAAAAUUGCCUUUCAACUGUCAUCAAGUUACUUGUCAGGUAUUAAGAAGUGUUAGCACUUGGUCCUGUGGUUUUCUAGAACCCAAUGUUGUGGAACAGAGUAUUCAUGAGGCGUACAUUGAUACAAUAACUAAAGCGCAACAUUACAUAUAUAUUGAGAACCAAUUUUUCAUAUCCUUGUCUCAAAUUAAGAACCAAAUUGCAGAUGCACUCUUUAAAAGGAUAAUAAGAGCCUACAAAGCCAAAGAAGUGUUUAGAGUGUAUGUCAUUAUGCCUUUACUUCCGGGAUUUGAAGGUGAAGUAGGUGGGCCUUCAGGCACUUCUCUUCAUGCCAUUACCCAUUGGAACUACUCAUCCAUAUCAAGGGGUGAUAAUAGUUUAAUUGGUCGACUACAGGCAGCAGGAAUUGCAGACCCUUCGGAAUAUAUAACCUUUUACGGUUUGAGAACACAUUCCGUCUUAAAUCGCGAACCAAUUACUGAACUUAUUUACGUCCAUUCGAAAUUGAUGAUUGUGGACGACAAGAUUGUGAUUUGCGGAUCUGCCAACAUUAACGAUAGAUCUAUGAUUGGAAAACGGGAUUCGGAAGUUGCCGUUAAAAUAGAGGACGAACUAUUUGAUGACGGGGUGAUGAACAAUCAGCACUUCCCUUGCGGCCACUUCGCCGGGUCGUUAAGGAAACAUCUCUUCAAAGAACACUUGGGUAUUCUAGGGCACGAGGAUGAAAUGAUUGAUAUGGACGUUACCGAUCCGGUUUCUGAUUAUUUCUAUAAGGAAGUCUGGCAGAAGACCGCUAGUUUAAAUACUGAAUUAUUCGAAAAAGUCUUCCAUUGUCUUCCGUCCGACCUAGUGGAGACCUUUAUGGAUUUGCGGAAACACCAAGAGCUAACACCACUAUAUGUUGAUGAAGUGUCUAGAGCGCAGAAGAUGUUGGAAACUAUACAAGGGCACAUUGUUUUCCUCCCAUUGAAAUUCUUAUGUCAGGAAACUUUAACUCCAAAUGCUGGUUCUGUGGAAGGUAUGAUGCCAACUUCGUUGUGGACUUAAUGGUGCCUUGCUAGAUGAUUUUUUAACGAGAAUAUCUUUACACAUUUUUAACAUAGUUUUUAUAGUAGUGCACACAUGCUUAUGAACUGUUAAAGCCAAAGUAUAUUGAUAUUUUUCUAUGACUACGCCAGAUUUAUACAAAUAUUGUGGGCCAAUUAUUAUUUUUGUACUCAGUAUUACAACACCGUUCCAUAUUUAAAUUAUUUUUUUUUACUUUUAUAAAUCUUAUAUUAUGGCAGCAUUUAUUUAUCAUAAAUAUAUAUUAAAUAUUUAUUUAAAGUGUACUUAAAAUAUUAAUGUUAUGAAUUUUGAUGAGUUUACUAAUUGUGUAAUUGUUGUAUACAUGUAUUUUAUUAAACAAUUUACAAGCUUUUAA